AUGGAAUUGCGAACUGAUGAUUUUCAGAUUAUUUCGGAGAUUAAGGCAUCCGGGCUAAGAGGCAGAGGUGGUGCUGGUUUCCCUUCUGGUUUGAAAUGGUCCUUCAUGAACUUCAAGGACUGGGAUAAAGAUAAUAAACCAAGAUACCUCGUUGUGAACGCUGACGAAGGCGAACCGGGAACUUGCAAAGACCGAGAAAUCAUGCGAAAGGAUCCCCAUAAGCUUAUCGAGGGCUGUCUCGUGGCAGGACGUGCGAUGAAUGCUACGGCCGCCUACAUCUAUAUCCGUGGCGAAUUCUACCAUGAGGCCACCGUUCUACAGCGCGCCAUCCAGGAAGCUUAUCAAGCUGGCUUGAUCGGUAAAAACGCCUGCGGAUCCGGUUAUGAUUUCGACGUUUACCUUCACAGGGGAAUGGGCGCUUAUAUCUGCGGCGAGGAAACUUCUUUGAUCGAGUCCCUUGAAGGAAAAGCUGGAAAGCCCCGCUUGAAGCCUCCGUUUCCGGCUGCCGUCGGUCUCUUCGGCUGUCCCAGCACAGUCACUAACGUCGAAACCGUCGCUGUGGCACCAACCAUCUGCCGUCGUGGAGGUAAAUGGUUCGCCUCAUUCGGGCGUGAGCGAAACCAGGGAACCAAACUAUUCUGCAUCUCCGGUCACGUCAACAACCCAUGCACAGUUGAGGAGGAAAUGUCUAUUCCACUUCGCGAACUUAUUGAACGCCACUGCGGUGGUGUGCGAGGCGGCUGGGAUAAUCUACUGGCUGUUAUCCCAGGCGGCUCAUCAACUCCGAUUCUCCCAAAGCACAUCUGCGACGACCAACUGAUGGAUUUUGACGCUCUCAAGGAUGCGCAAUCCGGUCUUGGAACGGCAGCCGUGAUCGUCAUGGACAAAUCUACCGAUGUAGUAGCCGCCAUCUCACGCCUGUCCGCCUUCUACAAACAUGAAAGCUGCGGCCAAUGCACACCAUGCCGCGAAGGAAGCAAAUGGACUAUGCAGAUGAUGCAGCGCUUCGAACGCGGUCAGGCCCGCGAACGGGAGAUCGACAUGCUUCAGGAACUCACCAAGCAAGUUGAGGGACACACCAUCUGCGCUCUCGGUGAGGCUUUUGCGUGGCCCAUCCAGGGCCUGAUCCGGCACUUCAGACCAGAGCUCGAGGCUAGAAUACGCAAAUAUGAACAGGACCACGGUGGUAAGCAGGCAUUUGCUGGGGGUUGGGACCCACAGGCGCGUAUGGAUGGAAAGCUUAUCGCUCCUGGCCAAUAA